GACGGAAAUACUGCACUGCACUUGGCAGCAGAAAGGGGCCACAUGGCGGCCGUAACUCUGCUCUUAAAUGAAGGGGCUUCGCGGACCAUCACGAACCAUGACGGGAAAAGGCCGGAAGACAUUGCCUCUCUUAGCAAUGUGAAAAGGUAUAUUAGGCAGUACCGACAGUAG